GUGGCAGUGUGGCGGUAAUGUUAUGGAGUUUUCUCUCCUGCUCAUCAGUGACAAAUAGGAAACGCCAGGCCUACUGGAAACGAUUGAUUUUACGACAGUAAAUCAUCAGCAUUCAAGUGGUGGCGGUGAAUAAAAUCAUUUAAGUCCUGUAUGAGAUCCUCAGAGAGCAUCGAAACAUGGUGGUUCUCAAAAUUAGAGACCAGCCUGCCCUGCUAAAAGCUAUUUUUAAUGUCGAUCCAGAUGAAGUACGCUCUCUUAUUUUCAAGAAAGAGGAUGUGAAUGUCCAAGACAAUGAAAAGAGGACACCCCUGCAUGCAGCUGCCUACUUGGGAGAUGCUGAGAUUAUAGAGCUCUUAAUAUUAUCAGGGGCGAGGGUAAAUGCUAAAGACAACAAAUGGCUGACUCCUCUCCAUCGCGCUGUUGCAUCCUGCAGUGAGGAGGCGGUGCAGGUUUUGCUUAAGCACUCUGCUGAUGUGAACGCUCGAGAUAAAAACUGGCAGACGCCUCUGCAUGUGGCCGCUGCUAACAAGGCGGUGCGGUGCGCUGAGGCGUUGGUCCCACUGCUCAGCAACGUCAAUGUAUCUGAUCGGGCUGGACGAACCGCCCUGCACCACGCUGCCUUCAGUGGCCACCUGGAGAUGGUGCGAAUACUGCUCUCCAGGGGAGCCAAUAUAAACGCAUUCGAUAAGAAGGACAGAAGAGCGAUCCAUUGGGCAGCAUACAUGGGUCACAUGGAGGUGGUGAAACUGCUGGUAUCUCAUGGUGCUGAGGUGACUUGUAAGGAUAAGAAGGCAUACACGCCUCUUCACGCUGCUGCAUCCAGCGGCAUGAUCAGUGUGGUGAAGUACCUGCUGGACCUAGGGGUGGAUAUGAAUGAGCCAAACGCGUAUGGGAACACACCGCUGCACGUUGCAUGCUACAAUGGCCAGGAUGUGGUGGUUAAUGAGCUGAUCGAGUGCGGCGCGAAUGUGAACCAGGUCAACGAGAAGGGUUUUGCCCCACUGCACUUCACCGCUGCCUCACGUCAUGGAGCGCUUUGCCUUGAGCUGCUCGUUGGCAAUGGGGCUGAUGUCAAUAUUAAGAGUAAGGAUGGUAAGACCCCUCUGCACAUGACUGCAAUCCACGGAAGGUUCUCAAGAUCUCAGGCGAUUAUUCAGAAUGGUGCUGAGAUAGACUGUGAAGAUAAGAACGGGAACACUCCUCUGCACAUCGCUGCUCGAUACGGACACGAGCUUCUCAUCAACACGCUGAUCACUAAUGGAGCUGAUACAGCCAAGAGAGGCGUCCAUGGCAUGUUCCCACUGCAUUUGGCUGCUCUCAGCGGCUUCUCGGACUGCUGCCGUAAGCUGUUGUCAUCCGGCUUUGAUAUAGACACCCCAGAUGACUUCGGAAGGACCUGUUUACAUGCCGCUGCUGCUGGCGGGAACCUUGAGUGUUUGAAUCUUCUGCUUAACACGGGGGCAGAUUUCAACAGGAAGGACAGCUUUGGAAGGACACCUUUGCACUAUGCAGCUGCAAACUGCAACUAUCAGUGCCUGUUUGCUUUGGUGGGUUCAGGAGCCAACGUCAAUGAGCUUGACCAGAGGGGCUGCACCCCCCUCCAUUACGCCGCUGCUUCUGACGCCGAUGGAAAGUGCCUGGAGUAUUUACUGAGGAAUGAUGCUAACCCAGGGAUCCGAGACAAUCAGGGCUACAAUGCAGUACAUUACGCCUCUGCUUACGGACAUCGCCUCUGUCUAGAGCUGAUUGCGAGUGAAACUCCUUUAGAUGUGUUAAUGGAAACCUCAGGGACAGACAUCUUAAAUGACUCUGAUGUACGUGCUCCUGUCAGCCCGCUCCACCUGGCUGCUUACCAUGGGCAUCACCAGGCUCUAGAAGUACUUGUUCAGUCGCUGCUGGAUCUUGAUGUGAGGACAGCACAAGGACACACGCCGCUGGACCUGGCUGCCUUUAAAGGCCAUGUGGAGUGUGUGGAUGUUCUCAUAAACCAGGGGGCUUCCAUCCUGGUAAAAGACUACACGCUCAAACGGACACCCAUUCACGCUGCCGCCACAAAUGGACAUUCCGAGUGUCUGCGUUUGCUAAUUGGGAAUGCAGACAUGCAGAGUGCAGUAGACAUCCAGGAUGGAAAUGGCCAGACUCCUCUGAUGUUGUCUGUGCUGGGUGGACACACCGACUGUGUUUACUCCCUUAUUAAUAAAGGAGCUAAUGUAGAUGCCAAAGACAAGUGGGGUCGCACUGCUCUGCACAGAGGGGCUGUGACGGGUCAUGAGGAGUGUGUCGAGGCUCUGCUGCAGCACAGUGCCAGUUUCAUGGUACGGGACUGUAGGGGACGCUCACCCGUGCACCUCGCGUCCGCCUGUGGCCACGUUGGGGUUCUGGGGGGAUUUCUGCAUGCUGCCCAGUCAAUAGAGACCAUUCCUGUCAUCACUGACCAACAGGGCUACACACCCCUUCACUGGGCCUGUUACAAUGGACAUGACACUUGCGUGGAAGUGUUGCUGGAGCAGGAGUUUUUCCAUAAAACCGAGGGGAACACGUUUAGCCCCCUUCACUGUGCUGUGAUAAAUGACAAUGAAGGAGCAGCCGAGAUGUUGAUAGACACUCUUGGUCCUGCCAUCGUCAAUUCGACAGAUUCUAAAAACAGGACUCCCCUUCAUGCUGCCGCGUUCACGGAUCACGUGGAGUGUCUACAGCUCCUGCUGGGUCAUAACGCACAGGUGAACUGUGUGGAUGCUGGGGGCAAAUCUCCUCUCAUGAUGGCCGCUGAGAACGGCCAGACAAACGCAGUCGAGGUGUUGGUGAGCAGUGCAAAAGCAGACCUUACGCUGCAGGAUGCCAAGAAAAACACUGCGCUCCAUCUGGCCUGCAGUAAGGGCCAUGAAACCAGUGCCUUGUUGAUCUUGGAGAAGAUCACUGAUAGAAACCUCAUCAACUCCACCAAUGCAGCUUUACAAACGCCUCUGCAUGUCGCUGCUAGGAAUGGCUUGACCGUGGUGGUCCAAGAACUACUAGCUAAGGGGGCUAGUGUGUUAGCUGUGGAUGAAAAUGGUUACACCCCCGCCCUGGCUUGUGCUCCUAACAAAGAUGUGGCAGAUUGCCUGGCGCUAAUCCUGGCCACAAUGAUGCCAGUGUCCCCCGGAGGAGUUGCGGUGCCCAGCCUGGCAUUCAGCGCCAUCAAUCAUUACACCAGCCCCUCAAAAAGCGUCACAUUUGACAGUCUGCCCAUGCUCCGCUCCGAACACAGCUCCUAUUGCAGCUUCAACAGCAUCGGGCGCCACGACGGCUUCUACAAGGACGACGAGCUAAAUGACUCUGACUCGGAGACCUACUGAGGCUGAGGAGAGGCGCACAUCUUGUCUUAAUUACCGAGCGGCCGGCCACUCCGCGGAGCCUUAAGAGUCUCUACCCGCAACGCACACAAGAACGUAAAUGUAUUCGUGAGGCCCUCCCAGCCACUUAUUCAUCAGCGCAACCUCUGCCAGCACGUCUCGCCCAUUUUGAGAUACCUCCGAGUACUGUGCUUCACCCACACAAAUGCGGUGGAUCGGUGGGCAGACCUCCUGAUAUGGCAAUAACAAGACAAGAAUCAGCAGCCUGGGACCAAUGUUUGCACAUAGGCAGUUUGACACUGUCAUUGUGAUUUUGGGGAUUAUUCAACUCCUUUAUGAUCAUUAGGGAGGAUUGGAAAUAGUCCCUUACUAAAGACUAGGGGUUGUUGUAAUGCUUUCAACAGUUUAAAGUCAAGUGUGCACUUCUGAAUUGAUCAUUUAACAACUUUGGGGGAAAAUGAUUUAUUUUUUAAAAUGUGAUUUUAAUACAAGUAAAUUUCUCUGGCCCUUUGGGGUGGAAAAUCACAGAUUUAGUAAAUAGUUUCGAAACUACAAGGACAUUAGCAUUGUUAUGCUUUUGGUCACGAGCAUGAGUGAAGUUAAAAGCUAUCUGUCUCCAUCUUCAGUUUUAGGAUAAAUUAUUCUUUUAUCUAUGGUAUUUAUUUUACUUUCCAUAACUAUUAUCAUCAUCAUUGUGUGCCUUCAUGAAUUACUGUAUGGAAGGAUGGGCAGCUUGGAAGAACAAAUCUGCAAUGUAGAAGGAGAAGUUACACAACACUACGUCUGUGAAAAGCACUGAAAAUGAAGAGGCAAACGGCUCCCAGCAUGCUUUGCUCAAUGAGGAUGAGGAACACUGUGUAAACCAAUGGUAGAACAGAAUUUGAUCUCUUUGUAUGUUGAUAUAUGAAUAUAAAUAUAUAUUAUAUUUUUUCUGGCUCUUAUUAACAUUACAUUUUCGGGCAGGUAUGUUCAUUUUGAUUUAGCAAAACAAAACCACUGAAUUCUUCUGUGAUGGCCUGUCAGAAAACCUGUCUCUUUUCAAACUUUGAUUUUGGAAUGAUUGAAACUGGAAAUCUGUUUAAUACGGCUUCACGGCUGAGUGGGGGUCAGCAGGUAUCUGCGCUUGCUUUCUUGUGGUAAAAGGAAGGCGAAUGGUGCAGUGAAUGGUCACUGCUUUCCCCCGACUCAGAACAAGAGAUUCCUGUAUAUUUUAUGGUUGAUUAAAUAAAUGAGUUGAGUAAUUUGAA